GAGCUCCACACGCACAUGACGGGUGCUCCGGAGUGAGCGAAUCCAAGCGGCGUAAUAUCAUUUUCUUUGGCUUUCUUUAUUACUUGUAUUUGCUUGAUUCCGUCGACUGUACAUUCUUUCGAGCACGCGCUGAUACAUCGCUACAUCUUCCACUCUCUCUCCGUGUUUAAAGACGCAACCGCACGAAGCGAAGCCACGUCGCGACCGCACUGUUUCGGUGCGUAUUUCUCUUCCCCUCCCCUUCUCCGCGAUCUCACACACGCGCAGGUACUCGCUAUGCACCGUACGGAUACGCGGCACCUCCGCGGCGCCCCGUCCACCGCAUCCACAGCCCCCACCACGACGAGUGCGGAAACCACCGUUGUCGGCGCUGGUGAUGCGUGGGCCGCGAGCGCGCCUCGCUACCUGACCCACGGCCGCCCAGCUGAGACGCGCCCCGCACCGCCCCACAUGCGACACGAGUACACCACCUACGCCUCGGCGAUGCUCAACCGUGCGUCCACGUGCACGUAUACCAAGGAUCCCACAACUGUCGCCGCGGCGAGAGCAACCUCGCCCCCGCCACCGCCAGCGGAGGGGUGUGACUCGGACAGCACAUACGCCGGCCUGUCCGUGAAGCGCCUUCGCUACCUCGCCUUCUUGUGUGUGUCACGGCUCAUGAACGAGUGCCGGGGUGGGCGGCGGCGGCUGUGUGCCGACGCACCGCAAACCGCCAAAUGCACGUUGGGCGUCUGUGUGUGUGUGGCGUUUCUGGUCUUCGGUGUGUCGCUGACGGCGCAGUGGCCGCACCUCUUCCCCGCCGCGACGGAGGCGCAGCUGGCGGAGCAGCUACUGCCCGUAGCGGAGCCGUGGGCGGUGCUGGUGCAGCACGCCGGGGCCGCUGCUCGCCUCAACGUGUCACGGAUGUACGAGGCGGGACAGGCCCGGUGCGCGCGGAAGGGCACGCGGGAGCUCUGCACGGACCGCCUCGUGGUCACGCCGACGAUGCUGCCGUCGUGGACGCUGCGUGUGGUGCGGCGGAGUUGUGCAGGCUGCUUAGAUGGGCACACGUACGAUAGGGCGGUGGAGGGGGUCCAUGUGCGGGAGCCCCACGCCGUCUUCGCCACGUCCGCCGCGCCGCUCGGCCGCAUUGGGCCGAUGCUCUUGGCGAUGUCGAGCGUGACGGACGACGUAGACGUGACGGCGGAGCUGCCACACUGGCAGUGGUUGCGGCACGUCUACCCGAACUUCCCUGCGGCACUACGCAGCCAACCACCACGGCGGCGGCCGUAUCUUGCGGUGAUGGGCGUGCCGUCGACGGACCAGCCUGCCCGGUUGGCCCUGCGUGAUGCCCAGCGUGCGACGUGGAUGAGCUAUCACGAGGUCGCCCGCAACGAGAACGCCUUCGAGGGUGCACUGCUGCCGCUGUAUGUCGUUGCCGCCGGCAAGCGACGGCGGGUGGGGGCGAUGGGCGCAGAGGGCGUCGACUCCGCGCGGCCCCCCGUGUGUGGCGAUCCCUCACCGCUCCUCCCCACUCCGGAGGAGCUCAACGUGGCCUCGCGUGUGUUACUGGAGGAGCGCAACGGACCUCGCACGACAUCGUUCACGAGGCAUUACGUGUCCCUGGGAGAAGGGUGGCGAACGCUGCAGGACGGGGCGAGCGCGAGGUCGCCGUGCAUCGGGGCCUUUACGGUGCGGGAGCCCGACUCCACGCACGUGUCGUACGCUGCGGCGAUGGGGGAAGUUCUUCAACUGAGUGUGACGCCGGCUUUCGUGUCGCCUGCGCAGUUCGUGUGCUGUGUCUCGGCGAGGCUGUGGCGCGAGGCACUGGAACACCGCAAUUUGAUCUGGGUGGACAUGAUGACGGACCGCCGCCCCACUACGAACAAAGCGCUGGGCCAGGAUGGUGGCUGGGGCCUGCCGGUGGAGGUUGGGAUGACGCAGAAAACCGUCCUGUGGCUGGAGUACGCCUACCACGCGUUCCCCGAUGUGCCGUACAUCAUGAAGGGCGACGACGACACGUACCUGAAGGUGCCGCAGUUCAUGAGCGAUCUCCGCUACGUGCAGGGGGGGCUGCGACACCGCUUCCCGCCGCCGCCUCCGCCGUCCGCCUCCGCCUCCGCCGCCGCUCGAGCGGCUGCAGACCAGCGGGAGGAGGGCUACGGCGCAGUAGACAAACUGGGGCGUCCCUUCACCGCCGAAACGUCUGAGUGCCUGUACUGGGGCAGUCUGCGGCACCACGAGCACACGCAGUUCAACGCGGGUAUGCUGUAUCUGCUGCAUCGCCGUGUCGCGCAGGCGGUGCUCGAGCCGACGCAAAACCGUAGCCGACUGGACGUCGUGCGCCUCUCCGCGGAGGACUUCACCGCCGACCGCAGCGCCGCCUAUCGAGUGCUGCUGUACGACCACGAGGACAUCUUCAUGGGUUUGCGGGUGUACGAUGCGCUGGACCGCAUUAAGGCCCUCUGCCCCAACGGCCGUCUGUGGUACGUGAAGGAGUGGUACGCGCGCUUCCACGACCUACAUGCCGGCCGCGUGCACAACCUGACGUGGUCCACCGUGGUGGCGCACCGCUGCCGGCCCGCCGACAGCUACUUCUUGCACCACUUCUUUCAAACGGAGUACGCGGUGUCGGUCCUGCGCGGCGUGGGCGUGGCGGACGUGGAGGCGGCGGCACGGCGGGGUGCGGUGGAGUGGAUCGCGGAGCAGCUCCGGCGCGGUGAGGCUCGGCAGGAGGAUGGGUGGGACACGCUGCCCGUCGCGCGGUGGUCACGGGAUCUGGCCAAGACGCCGGGCUUCACCGUGGCGCCGGUGGACAAGGUGGCUGUGUACGAGAUACCGUAUGAGUACUGGCGGCAUGGCCCGACAACCAUCGAGGAUGGCUACCGCUCGCAGCCACAGUGGUGA